GGGCAGCAUCACAAUUGAAAGCACACGACACCUUGCCUGACUUCUACCCCUUUGUUGCACAUCAACCCGUGCCAAGUAAUUCAUCACAUCCAUCGUCCACUUCCCCAGCACAACCCACCUCACCGAAUCCGCAUCGAACAUCCUCCUUCAACUUACAACACCCUUCCCAAACGUCACUAUGGCUACCACAGCAGUUCCGAGCCCGCCGCCGAACACCACCGAAUCCAAGUCUGCUCGCAAGAAGAAGGCCAAAGCCGACCUCGCUGCAGCGAACGGCAAUGUUCCAGCUCCUGUGCUUCCCGAUGUCGCAGCAAAGGAGGACAGCAGUCUGGGGUCCAAAGAAGUGGGAGAAAACGGGCAAUUCGAACAUCCCUACAUCCGCGAGUUGACGAAAAACAUCCGCAAUGUCCACAAGAAGAUGUCCGGCAUGGGGAAGACGGAGUCCAUCAUUGCGGAGAAUCCGGGCGUGUCGCUGGACGAUCUCGUGAAGGCGCGGAAGCUCAACGCGGAUCAGAGGAGCUCCAUCUCCAAGAAGCCGCAGCUAGAGGCGCAGUUGCACGCGUUGGAGGAGCAGGUUGCACAGUACAAGAAGCUUGAUGCAGACUACCAAUCUCGGAUGCAGAAGCAGAAGGAGGACCUCACCUCUCUGCAUGAGAAAGAGAUGGAGAAGGCACGUGAGGACGGCAAGGUGUUGGGCGUGACGGGCUCCACCGCGGAGCUGCGUAAGAAGCUCCUCAUCUUCUCGCAAUUCCUACGAUGUGCUGCUGCGAAGCGUGCUACCGAAGAGGAGACCGAAUCCGAGGAGAGUCGCGCAUUCGAGGGAGCUCUGCUGCUGGUCUACGGAGGCGAUGACAAAGCCGUCGAAGCUGCCAUGGCGUUGAUUGAGGGAAGCGAUGAGCGAGUCGUCAGCAUUGAGGGGUUGCCGCUGGAUUUCAAGUACUCUCAAAUUAAGCAAGCCUCCAUCGCCCAUGCCCCCUUCCAAACCGAAGAGCAGUGGAUAGACUCCGUUGCCGAAGCGAACGCCGCUACAGAAGGCGCCACCGUGUCAAUACCCCCCGGCUCCGAUCCGACAAUCACACACGCAGGUCUCACCGAACUCGACACCGGCGCGCCCCCGGCCAACGGCGUUCACGGUGUAGGCGGAGAGGAUCCCUUGACCUCGCCACCGCAAGCCACUGGAGCCGACGCUUCCGGCAAUGCAGCCGGGGAGAAGUGGGAUCCCGCUGGUACUUCCGGGCCAUGUCUAGAGAGGAGCACGCUGACGGAAGAGGACUACGAAAUCGUCCCCCGCCCGUCGGAGGAGGUGGACGUUCCCUCUGGCGCGGAAGCGACGCUAAGCUGGGCCGAUGACCAACCUCAACCCCUGGCUCCCGUCUCUUCCGGCCCUGCCUCUGGCAACAAAGCUGGCGAGCGUUGGGACCUGAAGACAGCCGGUGAGCAGAGCGCCGACGCGUGGAACGGAGCAGAGGUCGCUGCGCAAGCAGGCGCCCAGGGGAACCUCGGUGAUACCGCUACGGCACGUGCAGGCGAGGAUGCCGAUGGCUUCCAUCAAGUUCCCGGCCGUCACAAUCGCGGACGCGGAAGAGGAGGUCGUGGCUUCGAUGGCGAGUUCCGCGGCCGCGGUGGCGGGCGGGGCAGAGGAGAGGGGAGAGGAGGCUUCCGAGGCGAUGGUGAGGGAAGGGGUGGACGCGGCGGCCGAGGUGGCUUCCGCGGCCGUGGAGAGGGAGGAGAGUUCCGUGGCCGUGGAGGUGGUCGAGGGCGUGGACCGAGAGGUGGAGCUGAAGGACAAGCUCGUGAUUAAGUGGGAUGAUGGCUCGUGGAGUCAAGUAUGGUGAGCUUCGCUUCUUACCAUAUCCUUUUCGCCCACCCCACGCAUUCCAGGGAAAAGUAAGGCGCUCGCCCCCGGGUGUACAUUAGAUCCGAGCAAACAUUGCUUAUUAGCGAUGGAGAAGGAGGAAC